AUGAGGAGCCUCGUUUCAUGUCUUAAACGACACUGUUCCAUGGUUCACUCAACAACUAUACAGAAUGACAGUUCGGUUGAGAUCAUUAUGUCGAGAUUUGUUCUACUCAGAGGUCCGAAGGAUCUCUUAAUUAGAAGAGUGCAACACAAUUAUGUAUUGGCGCAAUUUUUAAACCGGAAAUUUUUUUCGAGUGACUACUCCAGUGUGCAUGGCGAAAGGCCAUCAGCUGAAUAUGCGAAGUUGAGAAAAGAGUCAUUGGAAAGUGAAUUUGGACAUGCGCUUGAUAGAUCAGAAAGUCCUUCCGUGUUAUACCGUUUUGGUCCAUUCUUGGCUUUGUAUAGAGCUGCUAUUAUUUCAUUCCAUGUGUUUAAGCUAACAAUUUGGCGCUUCUUUGUCCAUGAUAUGAAAAAACGUUCUAUCAAGUUUCGUGAAACUCUUAUCAGCCUGGGGCCUUUUUAUAUCAAGCUUGGACAAGCUUUGAGCACGAGACCAGAUAUACUGCCAACUUUAUAUUGCCAAGAACUUGCUAAGUUACAGGAUCAAAUACCUCCUUUUCCAACAGACAUCGCCAUCAGAUCUAUUGAGUCUCAGUUGGGAAUGCCAAUAUCAAAAGUAUUUGCUGAUAUUAGCGAGGAGCCUGUUGCUGCAGCAUCCUUGGGACAGGUUUACAAAGCUCACUUGCAUUCUGGAGAGCUUGUAGCUGUUAAAGUUCAGAGGCCUGGUAUGUCGUAUUUAUUGACCCUCGAUGCAUUGUUAUUUCAUAUGAUUGGAGGUCAACUAAAGCGAUUUGCCAAAGCUCGUAAAGAUCUGUUAGGAGCAGUGAAUGAGAUGGUGAGACACAUGUUUGAGGAAAUUGAUUAUAUCUUGGAAGGUCAAAAUGCUGAGAGAUUUGCUUCACUCUAUGCCUGCUGCUUCUAUAAUGAUGAAAGGAAUUCCAAAGAUAAUACUAUAUCAUUUGCGAAAGCAAGUGGGAUCAAGAUACCUAAAAUAUAUUGGAACUUAACCCGUAAAGCUGUGCUUACAAUGGAAUGGAUUGAUGGGAUCAAGCUUACGGAUGAAAAUCGUCUACGGGAGGCCCGUCUAAAUCGGAAGAAACUCAUCGAUGAGGGGUUGUACUGCUCUUUGAGGCAAUUGCUGGAGGUGGGGUUUUUCCACGCUGAUCCUCAUCCUGGAAAUCUUGUUGCUACUGAGGAUGGAUGCCUUGCUUAUUUUGACUUCGGGAUGAUGGGUGAUAUUCCGCGGCACUAUCGUGUGGGACUUAUUAGAGUGUUGGUGCACUUUGUAAAUCGUGAUUCUUUGGGAUUGGCAAAUGACUUCCUGGCUCUGGGAUUCCUUCCUGAAGGUGUUGACAUACAUGCAGUCUCAGAUGCUUUGAGAGCAUCCUUCGGUGAUGGAACAAGACAAUCCCAAGAUUUUCAGGGCAUAAUGAAUCAGUUAUUUGAUGUCAUGUAUGAAUUCAAUUUUUCUCUUCCUCCUGAUUACGCUUUGGUGAUAAGAGCCCUAGGAUCACUUGAAGGAACGGCAAAAGUCUUGGAUCCUGAUUUCAAAGUCAUUGAGAGUGCAUAUCCUUUCAUCAUCGGGAGGCUUUUGGCGGACCCAAGUCCUGAUAUGAGGAAAAUUUUAAGGCAACUUCUCAUCCGAAAUGAUGGCUCCAUAAGAUGGAAUCGGCUUGAACGACUGAUAGCAGCAAUAUCUCAACAGGCUUCUGAGCCUGAUGAAGCCUUAUCGAAAGAUCAUGAUAAUUCUUCAAAUCGAUUGGGAUGGAAGUCCUUUAAUAUGCGUUCUGUUGUGUCUGCCACUGAAGAUCUUUUCCAAUUUAUCUUGUCCCACAAAGGUUCCAGGGUGCGGGUUUUUCUUGUGAGGGACCUACUUAAGGCAGCCGAUACUUUUCUUGAAGAUGAAGUCAUUGCUUGUUGUUCUGAGGAAAACUCACAGAAAGCUACCUCACUUGAAUCUGAGCGUAAGGCAAUGCUGAUGAGAGUGGUUAACGGGUUUCGAUCUCUCCAACAUGCAAUAAAGUUGGCUCCAGAUGUAUGGACUGCUAUGCUAUUUCGUAUGUCAUUAAAACCCGAAUUUCAAAGAUUUGCUUUUGCUAUUGUCUCAGCCUUGGCGUCACACUCUUGCCGUAAAAUUCCAGAAACAUUUUGGGUUUGUAUUUCAAGAAUAAUUCAUGAAUUGGAGAAAUCUGGUCCUCGAAAUUUAUAA